AUGGCAGAGACACCUACCCCCAUCCCCCUGUGGUUGGAUUGCGAUCCUGGUCACGAUGACGCAUUUGCAAUCCUGAUUGCUGCUCAUCACCCGUAUUUGAACCUUCUGGGCAUUACAACCAUCCAUGGCAAUGCAUCUUUGGAGAAUACCACCGCCAACGCCGGCAGCAUUCUCGAAGCCAUUGGCCGUCCAGAAAUCCCUGUCUAUCCAGGCAGUAAGAAGCCUUUCUGUCGACCUGCUAUCCAUGCCCCAAACAUUCAUGGCGACUCGGGUCUCGACGGCACGGAUCUUCUGCCAAAGGCUACGGUGCCACCGAUUACGGACAAGAAUCCUAUACUUGCCAUGCGCGAUGCGCUUCUCGCGCAGCCCAAGGGAACUCCGUGGGUGGUCGCAACCGGAACCCUUACUAACGUCGCUCUCCUUUUUGCGACAUUCCCUGAAGUGGCAGAGCAUAUUCAAGGUCUGACUAUUAUGGGAGGUGGGGUUGGGAAUGGAUUCACCAGUGCUCCCAUGAGCAGAUUGCCGGGAGAACAUACAAGGAUCGGGAACAUUACUCCAUAUGCGGAGUUCAAUAUCUACUGUGAUCCAGAGGCUUCCCAGUCCAUCUUCAGCAAUCCCAUCGUAGCCCCUAAGACCGCUAUCAUGGCUCUCGACCUGACACACCAGGUCCUCGCUUCUCCUACUGUGCAAUCACGCGUCCUGCACGGAUCGGACGACCAAUCAGCGCCCCCAACCGUUCUUCGUCGACUCUACCAUGAUCUCCUUGUCUUCUUCGCCGCGACCUACGACACUGUUUUUGGUCUGAGCUCAGGACCUCCAUUACACGACCCUCUUGCUGUUGCGGCAGUCUUGUCAAACUUCAACCCUGUAUUUGCAAGCCUGCAUCCGGACAAGGUUAUAAAGUUCGACGAUAACGGUGGAGAGCGGUUUUCCGUUCAGAUCGUGACGGAUGGACUCCAUGGGACGGAUGUGGCCACCACGGGCGAACUUGGCCGCUCCAUUGCUGCGCCCGCGGAAGUAAAGGGGGUUGCUAUCCCGAGGGGAGUGGACUUGGAUGCUUUUUGGAAUCUGAUUCUGGAGUGUCUCCAGCGGGCAGAUGAUCACAACGCUGCCCGGAAGGCGUGA